AGGGGAGAGGGAGUGCUCACAGCGCCGGAGAGUUUCCGUAGAGCUUGUUUGGCAUAGGUCGGGCGGGUUCUUGGAAGGGAGGAGGUAUGAGUGCCGGCGACUUACAGCAGCAGCGUCUGGAGCUCCUGGAGUGCUUUUCCAACCGCUUGGUUGAAAUCAUCCAGGUGGAACCCGUGUUGGACUUCAUCCAAUUCAUGAACGAGGCGGACAAGGAGGAGAUCAGAGCAAGGAAGACACAAAAGGGCAACCAGGCAGGCGCCCGCCUGCUGUUGACCAAGAUCACCCAGACGCCAUCAGCAGAAGGUUGGUUUGGCCAGUUUGUCACCGCGCUGAGAGAGGGGGGUUGUUCAUAUGCUGCCCAAUACAUUGACCCCGAGGCAGGACAUCUGAUGCCACCUUCUCUGGAAGCCCGCAACGACCUGGAGGUGCAGCUGGUCAGACUCCUCUCCCCAACCUUGAUCAGUAAGAUGACCCCCCGUGAAGUGGCCAUCCAAUGUUGGAAUAUAGACAUUUUUACCAUGGAUGACCUGGAAAACGUUUUCCAGGAAACCACCAAGUCUGGAGAAAAAGCAGGAAUCCGCGAGCUACUGACAAGAUUAGUGGUGAAACCUCCAGGCUGGUUCUCCAGGUUCUUGGACAUCUUGCGAAAGACGGGUCACGAGGAUCUUGCAGAUAUACUAGCUGGCAAUGAUUUCAAGACCGACACAGAAGACUCGUCUGAAGAAAGUCAAGAUCCAUCUAACGUGCAGAACAACACAGAUAAUGCAAAGCUAGACCUGAUGGCUGCAUUAAGGGAUGAGCAGACAAGUCUUGAUGAUCGGGACUUGUAUAAUGAGCCAAACGCUGAGGAGGAUGUCAAUGGCGGAAGCAGUCUCCUGUCAGACAUGUCGGCAAUGGAUCUUUCUGGCAAUUCAGAUUCGGUUGUGGAUUCUUCAGAGGCAAGUAUUUGCAGCAUAAAUAACAGUCAGUGGGAGAAUAGAGGCUGUGGUGAGUCUGGAGAGGAAAAUAUCAGUUCAGAUCUGGAUGAGGAGGACGGAGAGAGCGGCCGCCGUUCUCCGAUCCCCGAGCUCCAACUCCGAGACUACCAGCAGGAAGUGGCAGCUCCGGCCUUGGAAGGCAGAAACAUUAUCAUUUGCCUUCCCACGGGAAGCGGGAAGACCAGGGUGGCUGUCUACAUUACCAGACACCAUCUAGACAAACUGAAGAUGCAGGGGAAGACAGGGAAGGUUAUUGUGCUCGUUAACAAGGUGCCGCUCGUUGAUCAGCAUUUCCGUAAGGAGUUUAACCCCUUCCUGAAGGACAAGUACAGCGUGAGCAAGAUAAGUGGUGACACCCAGCUGAAGAUCUCCUUCCCCCAGGUGGUGCGUGAGUACGACAUUAUCAUCUGUACCGCUCAGAUCCUGGAGAACCAGCUGGUGGAAGCCACAGAUGGGGAAGCAAAUGACCUAAAAAUAUCAGACUUCUCGCUGAUUAUCAUCGAUGAAUGUCACCACACGCAGAAGGAAGGUGUGUACAAAAGCAUCAUGACAAGAUACAUUGAGCAGAAGCUGAACAACAAGAAGGAGAUUGACGUGAAGCCACUUCCUCAGAUUCUGGGACUGACGGCAUCGCCAGGCGUGGGUGGUGCCAAGAAGAGGCAAAGGGCAGAAUCGCAUAUUUUGCAAAUCUGUGCAAAUCUUGAUGCUUAUAAGAUAAUGACUGUGAAGAAAUACCUGACACAGCUGAAAGACCAAGUGAAGGAUCCUGUCAAAAAGUUGGAAAUAGCUGAAGGAAGAACAGAGGAUCCUUUUGGAUGCAAGAUCAAAGAUAUGAUGUUGAAAAUUCACACGUUUCUUGGAAAAGGUGCCACCUCAGACUUUGGCACACAGUCGUACGAGCAGUGGAUUGUUCAAAAAGAGAAAACAGGAGCGAAGACCGAGGAUCGAAAACUACGAGUCUGUGCAGAACAUCUAAGAAAAUAUAAUGAUGCCCUGAUGAUUAACGACACGAUAAGGAUGGUUGAUGCAUAUAAUUAUCUCACGGUCUUCUAUCGAGGUGAAAAGAGGAAAAAACUUACAGAAGAAGAGGAAGUACCAAAGUCAAAGUUGGAUGACACUGAUAAAUUUCUUAUUACUUUAUUUAAUGAACAACAAGCCACACUUGAAAGCCUUGCCGGAAAACCUCAGUACGAAAACGGAAAACUGACAAAACUACGAACAUCGAUACUUCAGGAAUUCACCAAAAAGCGAAAUUCAAGAGGUAUCAUAUUCACAAAGACCCGGCAAAAUGCACAUGCUCUGCAUGAGUGGAUGGAAGAGAUUGAAAAGUUUAAGGACGUUGGAAUCAAGGCACAUUAUUUAAUUGGAGCUGGUAACAGUAGUCUGUUCAAGCCCAUGACUCAGAAUGAACAAAAGGAGGUGCUGAACAAAUUUCGUGACGGAGAAAUAAACCUUCUGAUUGCAACCACCGUGGCUGAAGAAGGUCUGGAUAUCAAGGAAUGUAAUUUUGUAAUCCGUUAUGGCCUCGUUACUAAUGAGAUCGCCAUGGUUCAAGCUCGCGGAAGGGCUCGGUCCGAUGACAGUACGUAUGCCCUUGUAGCGCAUGAGGGAUCUGGGGUCCUAGAACGUGAGAACGUAAAUGUUUAUCGCGAAUCCAUGAUGUAUGAAGCAAUUCAGAAGGUGCAGGAAAUGCCAGAAGAGGAAUACAAGGAACAGAUAGAUGAAAAGCAGUUGCAGAAUAUAAUGGAGCACAAAAUGAAAAAGAUGAAGAAUUUGGGGAAGAGAAUGAAAAGCGAUCCUUCCAUUGUGACCUUCCACUGCAACACUUGUAGCACACCGGCCUGUACGGGACAGGAUAUUCAAGUGAUUGAAAGCAUGCACCAUGUGAAUGUCACAGAUGAGUUCAAAGAUUUGUAUGGUGUGCGUGAAAAUCAGGCCCUCCAAGAAAAAUGUCUCGAUUAUCAAACAAAUGAAGAGAUUUAUUGCAGGAACUGUGGUCAGUCUUGGGGAACAUUGAUGGUUCAUCGAGCAGUGAGUUUACCUUGUUUGUCCAUCCGAAAUUUCACUGUGUCUAACAAUGAGACGAAUGACGGAAAAUCUACAUAUAAAAAAUGGAGAGAAGUUCCCUUCAAGCUGCCUAGAUUUGACUACAUCAAAUACGUUGAAAGCCACUGAUAAGACUUGCGAUGGGAUUCUCUAUGUUGUAAAUGCCUUGCACUUGCUUUAAGCUGAAUAUUGAUGAACAAUUGUCUUAAUUGUAACAAGUUCAUGGGUUCAUAAGCCAUAGAAGCAGAUUUAGGCCAUUCGGCCCAUCGAGUCUGCCAUUCAAUCUUGGCUGAUCGAUCUUUCCCUUUCAACCCCAUUUUCCUGCCUUCUCCCCUUAGCCCCUGACACCCAUACCAAUCAAGAGUAUGUCAAUCUCCGUUUUAUCAACACCCAAUGCCGUCUGUGGCAAUAAAUUCCACAGAUUCACCACCCUCUAAAGGUACAUCCAUUUAUUCUGAGAAAGCCUAUUGGUCCCCACAUCUUCUUGAUGUGCUUUCAUUUCAACACUGGCUGUUUUCUCAGGUGUUUCAUGUCUGUGCUUUUUGUAAGAUGGAGGAGUGAUGAGCAUCAAAUGUUGCCUUGGACAAUCAUGAGGUGAAGAUGAAACCUAAAACCAGACUUCAAAGUGGCCUCUACAUGAUUGAGCAGGGCUCACUGUACUGAAUGUGUAGACAGAAGACAAGGUUCAAUGUAUGCAAUAUAGUAUGUGUAGGUUACACUCUGGUAUCCUUCUCUUUGCACUGUCUAGAGUGUAAAGCCACUCUGGUAUCUUUCUCUGCACUACCUGUUAUACAUGUGUGUGGCUUGAUGGUACUCAUGUACGAUCUGAUUCAAUUGGGAUAGCAUGCAAACACAAGCUUACUGUCACUGGAUACCUUGGGCACACGUGACAGUAAUAAAUCGUUACCAAUACCAACGAGAAUCACAGUCAAUGGAUUGAGUGUUAUCCAGGGCAUGGAAUCGGUGCCUUGGAGAAGUUGAUCAGUCGCUGGGAACAGAACUGGACACAACUGGUGGAACAAAGAGUGUUUGUGUCUCUCUCGGAGCAAGAUUUAUGAUGAUACGAUAUGAAUGCAGACUCCAGGGGAAUAAGUGAUUGACACUGACAAAUGACGAAGAACAGUUGUUUCAAUCUGCUACUUCUCUGAGGCUGUUAGCGUGUCUUUGCAGCAAUGGAAAUAUAAAUGUUUUGUGAUUAAAAGGAGUUUCUUUUUUGGU